UUUGAUUCUCUACAUUCCUAUCUCUCACCAAACUCAACAGACACAAUCUCUCUCUCUCUAUAUAUAUACUAACUCACAUUACAGUUCUGAACAAAGAACAUUUCUUGAGAGAUAGAAGUUAACUUAAAAUUAAUAUUGAUCGAGAGAAAUGAAGAAGUUCGGUGGGUCUUUGUUCGGCGCAAGCCUAUUACUGACCGUUCUUCUCGCGGCAGCAACGGCGGCAGCGGAGUAUUAUAAUUACGCAAAUGCCCUUGACAAGACCUUCUUGUUCUUUGAGGCUCAACGGUCAGGGAAGUUGCCGGCUGCUCAACGUGUCAAAUGGCGUAGCCAUUCUGGUCUCAAGGAUGGUCUUGCUCAAGGCGUGAGCUUGGAGGGAGGAUAUUAUGAUGCAGGAGACCAUGUGAAAUUCGGUUUACCAAUGGCUUUUUCAGUGACAAUGCUAUCGUGGGCUGCGGUCGAUAACCGAAAAGAGCUAUCCGGUUUGAACCAGAUGCAACAAGCGUUGUGGUCAAUCAAAUGGGGAACUGAUUACUUCAUCAAGGCCCAUCCUCAGCCUAAUGUUCUAUGGGGUCAAGUUGGAGAUGGAGAAUCAGACCAUUACUGUUGGGAGCGAGCCGAGGACAUGACCACUUCAAGAACAGCUUAUAAGCUUGACCAGUACCACCCUGGCUCAGACUUAGCCGGUGAAACCGCUGCUGCUUUAGCCGCUGCUUCUUUGGCUUUCAAGCCAUUUAACUCCUCUUACUCUGCCACCCUCUUAUCUCAUGCCAAAGAGCUCUUCUCAUUUGCUGACAAGUACAGAGGAUUAUACACUGAUUCAAUCCCAAAUGCAAAAGCUUUCUACAUGUCAUCUGGUUACUCGGAUGAGCUUCUUUGGGCUGCGGCUUGGCUGCACCGUGCAACCGGAGACCAGUACUACUUGAAAUAUGCAAUGGACAAUGCCGGUUACAUGGGCGGAACCGGCUGGGGAAUGAAAGAGUUCUCUUGGGAUAACAAAUACGCCGGUGUUCAAGUCCUUCUCACCAAGAUCCUGUUAGAAGGGAAAGGCGGUGUGUAUACUUCGACACUAAAGCAAUAUCAGAUGAAAGCUGAUUACUUCACUUGUGCUUGUCUCAAGAAGAAUGGUGGCUACAACAUUCAAACAACUCCUGGUGGUUUGAUGUAUGUUAGAGAGUGGAACAAUCUACAAUACGCAUCUGCUGCUUCAUUUCUUCUUGCGGUUUAUUCUGAUUAUCUCUCUGCAGCAAAUGCUAAACUCAACUGUCCUGAUGGUUCGGUUCCACCUCAAGCACUUCUUGAAUUUGCUAAAUCUCAGGCUGAUUACAUUCUUGGAAAGAAUCGUCAAGGAAUGAGUUACGUAGUUGGAUACGGACCGAAAUAUCCAAUUAGAGUUCACCAUAGAGGCGCUUCAAUAGCUUCCAUCUUUGAUCUACGUUCUUCUGUGUAUUGUUCUCAAGGAUUUGAGUCUUGGUACAAAAGAUCUCAAGCUGAUCCUAAUGUUAUCCAUGGUGCUCUUGUUGGUGGACCAGACGAGAAUGAUUACUAUUCCGAUGACCGGACAAACUACGAGCAGUCAGAACCAACUUUGUCUGGAACAGCUCCACUCGUUGGUCUAUUCGCUAAACUCUCUGGAAAAUUAGGAUCUUAUGGAGGAGGAUCUCCUAAACCUUACCAAACAACAAAACCACCAGCUUCAUCUUACAAAGCAACACCAACAACAUACAGUCCAAAACAAUCAGGUGCACCGAUCCAGUUUCUUCAUUCGAUAACUGCUAAUUGGAUGGCCUGGAACACGAGGUACUAUAGACACAAAGUGAUCAUCAAGAACAACUCUCAGAAACAGAUAUCGGAUCUGAAGCUUAAGAUUGAAGAACUCUCAGGACCAAUAUGGGGUGUAAACCCAACAGGUCAAAAGAAUACUUACCAGCUUCCUCAGUGGCAAAGAACUUUGAAAGCAGGACAAGCUUAUGAGUUUGUCUAUGUACAAGGUGGUCCUCAAGCUAAAGUCUCAGUCUUGAGUUACUACUAACUACAAACUAAUCUUCCUUGUAACAACUAAAUUACUUUUGGUUUCUACGGUUUUCAGUGGAAAAUAUAUGAAAGUAGCCAACAAAGUUGAGACUAAAUCUGAGAAAUGUAAAUUUGUAUCCCUUGAG